AUGCCUAAAAACAAUAAGGAGAUAGAGGAUCAGCUUCUCAAAGCUCUCGAGUCUCUCUCUAAGCAGUCCAAACCCAAUAUCGCGAAAACUGCGCGAGAAUUCGCGAUCGAUUCUAAGCUUAACGCUUAA